GGGUCACAUGGUGCGGGGGGAGGGAGCGCGGCCUGUGGGACCCGGAUCCGCCGCCAUGCCGCUGCCUGUACCCGGCUGUCCUCGGCUCGGCCCGGCCCUGGCCCUGCUCCUGCUGCUCCUGGGUCCGGCGCGGCCCAUCUCCUUCCAGCUGCCGGGCAAGGCCCGCAAGUGCCUGCGCGAGGAGAUCCACCGCGACACGCUGGUCACCGGCGAGUACGAGAUCGGGGUCCCGCCGGGGGCGGCCAGCGGCCCGUCCGCCAAUCUCAAGAUAACUGACUCAGCUGGACACAUCCUCUACUCCAAGGAGGAUGCCACUAAGGGCAAGUUCGCCUUCACCACUGAAGACUAUGAUAUGUUCGAGGCUUGCUUCGAGAGCAAGCUCCCUGUGGGAACGGGGCGGAUGCCGGACCAGCUCGUGAUCCUGGACAUGAAGCAUGGAGUGGAAGCAAAGAACUAUGAGGAGAUUGCUAAAGUGGAGAAGUUGAAGCCCCUGGAAGUGGAAUUGCGGCGCCUGGAGGACCUCUCUGAGUCCAUUGUUAAUGACUUUGCUUACAUGAAGAAGCGAGAGGAGGAGAUGCGGGACACCAAUGAGUCAACCAACAUCCGGGUCCUGUACUUCAGCAUCUUCUCCAUGUUCUGUCUCAUCGGACUGGCUACCUGGCAGGUCUUCUAUCUGCGUCGCUUCUUCAAGGCCAAGAAGCUGAUUGAGUAAAGGGGUAAUUCCCCUUCCCCUCCUCUCAAACCCAGCUGGACACCGCUGGGACCCAGCCAUGGCCCUCCAGAGCCAUCUUGCAGAUGAUACAUGCUGAGUGGAGGUUUUCUUCAGGAACUGUCCCUUAAGAGGGGAGGGGAGUAUAAGCACUGGAGACUACAAAGGGGCUUCUGACCUCCUGGUGGGGGCGGGGGAGGUUGUGGUGGGUUUGGGGACUCCUAAAGCAGUGAUGAAAUAAAAUUUGUUUCUGUGACAGCUGCAGUUGGUUUUGCAGGCUGUCUUUUCUCCUUUUAUAUUCUUCUAAGCUUGGUGUCUCCCAUCUGUCUGUGACCAUUGCGUUACUCUGAGCAACUUGAACCGGCUAUGCUCAUUAGGUGCCAUGCAGCUAGAAUUUGGGGAGGGGGGACUCCGAAGUUCUGGAACCCAACCCAAUGCAAACAGAACUUGGUGCAAAGUGACGGGUUGCAGUGCUAGCAGGGAGGGGGCACUGAAUUUUAGCCUCUGUCAUAGACCUUGGUGUUUCUCCCUGUGGGAGAUGGAAUCUUUGCGAUGAUGGGUCAAUGCAUUCAGGCAGAUAAGAGUUGGGUUUGGAGGAUGGGGGGCUAACAGGCUCUGCAAGAUGUUGCUGAGCCUGAAGAGAAACCUGCCUGACUCAAACAAGCUGUUGAGAGUCAGCCCCACCCUGUCUCCACAUGUUUGUCUUGGGUUUGCUUCUCUUUCUGAAACGAUGCAGCAGUUCCCUGAAAGCGCUGUGGUCACUGAGGGACCUUUGUGUGGAGGCAGAAGGCCUUGCUCAGAUUCAGAUUUGCAGUGCAUUGCUUGGGCCCAUCUUUGGAAUGGGAGCAUGGUAGGUUGGGAACUUUGUGAGGGCCUCUUCUCAUCUGACUCUGUUAGAGUUAAUGCCAAGUGUAGCUGGCUGGACCUUCAUUCCCUGUACAUGACAUGCCCUGCUUUGUGUUCUGGGGAUGUGUGGGGCGCCCGACAGGCUGGCAUUCAGAGGAGCCGAGGGAGUGCAGAUGAAGUGGAGUACAGUACACAAUGGGAACACGGAUGUGCCCCUUCUGAGGGUCUCUGAGUUGACGAGCGCAUGUGACAAUUGCAGAAAUGUCUUGGGGACUCCCCAAAACUGGUGAGAGUAGCUGUGCUGUAUGUAGUGAGAGGCCCUCUGUAGUCCUACUGCCUCUAGCACAGUGUUGGAUUAAACAGGCCAGGUAGGUUCAUUUCCUGGACUUAUCCCACGAGGGUUUCUGGGCAGAAUGAUGAAAAUUCUUUCACCUUCCCUUAGAGCAAAAAGACCAUCAGGGCCUAGCCCCUGGUCACACACCCCUUGUCCUUCCAGCCCAGAGGUCUCCCUGCCAUUCAGACAAAGCAGCAUUUGUGUUUUCUGAAAUUAUGUUGGGAAAUGUUUUUCUAGUCUGAAUUUAUCCUGCUA